AUGCAGUGCUAUACAGAACUGCUCCCCCCUACUGGGGUGACCCAUGCCUUGGCGGUUGCUUUUCUCUCUGCAACAGCCAACAAUUUAGUGGUGGUUCGAACAUCACUGCUGCAGAUCUUCUCUCUGAUCAAGGUUUCUCCUCAGUUACAAGGAGGAAGCACAGAGAACCAAUCUUUAUCACAUCACCCAUCAGAAACGAAACUGGUCUUGGAAAAAGAAUACUCGCUCCCAGGAACUGUCACUGACCUGAGCCGGGUUAAAAUCUUGAACCCCAAGAGUGGUGGGGAAGCAAUUCUACUCUCAAUUCGAAAUGCCAAGCUUAGCUUGAUCGAGUGGGAUCCGGAGCGAUAUGGGAUUUCGACCAUUUCCAUCCACUACUAUGAACGGGAUGACCUGACCAGUAGCCCCUGGGUGCCUGAUUUGAGCCGCUGUGGCAGCAUACUCAGUGUGGAUCCGAGCAGUAGAUGCGCGGUAUACAAUUUCGGUGUCCGCAAUCUUGCCAUUCUGCCCUUCCAUCAGGCAGGGGAUGAUUUGGUGAUGGAUGACUAUGACUCAGAGCUCGAUGGAGACCGUCCAGAUCAGGGCAUGGAUGUCGAAAAGAGCAAAGAUGGACCAACCUAUCAGACUCCUUAUGCGGCGUCCUUCGUUCUGCCUUUGACGGCCCUGGACCCUUCUUUACUGCACCCCAUAAGUCUUGCAUUUCUAUACGAAUAUAGGGAGCCGACUUUCGGCAUUUUGUAUUCACAAAUUGCAACGUCCAAUGCCCUUCUUCAUGAGCGCAAGGACGCUGUGUUCUACACCGUCUUCACCCUAGACUUGGAACAGCGGGCUUCCACCACCCUCCUCUCGGUGUCUCGGCUGCCCAGCGAUCUCUUCAAGGUGGUGGCACUUCCCCCUCCUGUGGGGGGUGCUCUUCUCGUUGGUUCAAACGAGAUUGUGCAUGUGGAUCAAGCUGGGAAGACAAACGCGGUCGGGGUCAACGAGUUCUCCAGGCAAUUUUCCGCAUUUUCGAUGGCCGAUCAAUCCGACCUGGCUUUCCGCUUGGAAGGUUGCGUGGUGGAGCGACUGGGCGGUGAUAGCGGCGACCUUCUUCUUGCACUUGCGUCGGGGGAAAUGGCGCUGAUCAAGUUUAAGCUGGAUGGACGGUCCGUUUCAGGCAUUGCAGUUCAUUCGAUACCUGCACAUGCGGGAGGAGACAUCAUGAAGGCGGCUGCAUCAUGUUCUACUUGUCUCGAUGAUGGCAACCUGUUUCUCGGGAGCGAAGACGCGGACUCGGUGCUUUUGAGCUGGUCUCAUUCUGCUGCCACAAAGAAAUCUCGGCUUGAGUCAAAGCAAGCUGCACAUGGCCUGGAAGACACUUUGGAUGCCGAUCAGAUGGAAGAUGAUGUCUAUGAAGAUGACCUCUAUUCCUCGGCACCGGAACCGACCCAGGUCGGUCCACCCACGAACCCGGAGAACCUGACCUCAGAAUACUACCAUUUCCGACUAAAUGAUCAACUUUUGAAUAUUGGUCCCUUGAGAGACAUCACACUGGGCAACGCCUUUCCAGCUCUCGGGAACCAAAGUCCGUCUGGCAGCGAAGGCGUCUCUGCCGAGUUAGAUUUGGUGGCAUCCCAAGGCUCGGAUAAAGGUGGUGGUCUCGUGGUCAUCAAGCGAGAAAUUGACCCUCUCACUUCGCUCUCCAUGAACGUUGAUCGUGCUGAUGGGGUUUGGUCGGCCACCGUGAGGCACGGGGCAAGCGGUCCAUCCAACGCCGAUCAGACUGAUAGUGAUAUAUCUCGCCAGUAUGUGAUUGUCUCACGAUCUACGGACGGUGACAGGGAGGCGUCCGAUGUCUAUGUGGUGGAUGGUCAGGACUUGGACCCCUUUAAAGCCCCCGAGUUUAAUCCAAAUAAAGAUUGCACAGUCGACAUUGGGCCAUUGGCAAGUGGUACCCGCCUGGUACAGAUCCUGCGAAAUGAAGUCAGAAGCUACGAUAUGGAAUUGGGUUUAACCCAGAUUUAUCCGGUCUGGGAUGAAGACACGAGUGACGAGCGAGCCGCAGUGAGCGUGAGCUUUGCUGAUCCUUAUCUUGUGAUCCUUCGAGAUGAUUCGUCUCUACUGCUUCUCCAGGCGGAUGCGAGUGGCGAUCUUGAUGAAGUUUCACUCCCAGAAGAGAUCAGCACAUCGAAGUGGCACUCAGCCUGUCUAUACCACGACACAAUGCAAGCAUUCACGUCAAGUACCACCACCGGGGGCGAAAUAUUUCGCCUCUCGGACCUGAAACUUGUGACGGUCAUAGAGGGUAUCGACUGCUUACAGCCUGUGUUAUCCUCAGAACCGCCCAGGCGAGCUAGUACACGAGAAACAUUGACAGAGGUUGUCGUUGCCAACCUUGGUGAACGGUUCAGCACUUGGCCAUAUCUGAUUAUUCGGACGGACAACGAUAAUCUCAUUGUUUACAAGCCUGUCGCGGGAUUGUCAGAUGUCGAGAAUGCACCGGCUUCCCCUGUACGGUUCUUUCGGGAGGCCAACCAUUUCCUGCAAAAAACCCCUUCACAGGCGAAUUAUGCGCAGUUCGAGAAGCAGCAGCGAUUGAGACGCCUGAGAAUCUUGUCGGAAGUUUCAGGAUUCAGCACCGUCUUUAUACCUGGGAGUUCGGCAGGGUUCAUUUUGAAGACGGCGGCGAGCUCACCACACAUUGUUCGCCUCCGAGGAGAGUUUAUACGAUGGCUGAGUGCUUUUGAUUCUGCGGCUAUUGGUUGUGAGAAGGGCUUUAUUUAUGUGGAUUCCCAGGAUUGUGUUCGGGUAUGUCAACUGCCCUUGCAAACUCGAUUCGACUAUCCUUGGACACUGCGCAAGGUCCCAUUGGAAGAGCAAGUUGAUUUCUUGACGUACUCAUCGUCAUCCAAAACAUACGUGCUCGGCACCAGUCACCACGUUGGCUUCAAGUUGCCCGAGAAUGAUGAGCUGCAUUCUGAGUGGCGCAGCGAAUCGAUCUCGUUUUUACCAGAAAUUCCUCAAAGCGCCAUCAAGGUCUUGAGCCCCAAGACAUGGUCGGUGAUCGAUAGCUACCCCCUGGAUCCUGCUGAGCAUGUGACAGCUGUCAAAAAUGUGAACAUGGAGGUCUCUGAGAAUACUCAGGAGCGCCGGGAUCUCAUCGUCGUAGGGACGGCUAUUGCCAAGGGGGAAGACAUCCCAGCUCGCGGCUGUAUUUAUGUGUUCGAUGUGAUCCAGGUGGUUCCGGACCCGGAGAAAGCAGAAACAGGUCGGAAAUUGAAGUUAAUCGGCAAGGAAAUAGUCAAGGGUGCCGUGACCGCGCUGUCAGGGAUCGGUGGUCAAGGGUUCGUGGUCGUUGCGCAGGGACAGAAGUGCAUGGUCCGAGGUCUUAAAGAGGACGGCAGCCUUCUGCCUGUGGCGUUUAUGGACAUGCAAUGCUAUGUCAACGUUGCGAAGGAACUCAAGGGCACGGGGAUGUGUAUUUUGGGAGAUGCCGUCAAGGGCCUCUGGUUUGCAGGGUACUCGGAGGAACCAUACAAGAUGACGCUCUUCGGGAAAGAUCCCGAUUAUUUGGAAGUGGUGGCUGCUGAUUUCCUGCCCGAUGAAAGCAAGCUCUACGUUUUGGUGGCCGAUAGUGACUGUACCCUUCAUGUGUUGCAGUAUGAUCCGGAAGAUCCUAAAUCGUCCAACGGCGAUCGUUUACUCAACCGAAGCAAGUUCUAUACGGGCAAUUUCGCAUCCACCGUGACCCUGCUGCCACGCACAGCCGUUUCGUCGGAACUCAUUGAGUCUCCCGCAGAUGACAUGGAGCUUGAUGAGACUAUCAGCACCCACCAAGUCCUCAUCACAGCGCAGAAUGGGUCCCUGGCGCUGGUUACGACCAUCCCGGAAGAGCCCUACCGCCGGCUGUCGGCCUUGCAGUCCCAGCUGACCAACACCAUCGAGCAUCCUGGGGGGUUGAAUCCACGUGCGUUCCGAGCUGUGGAGAGCGAUGGCACCGCGGGCCGGGGCAUGGUUGAUGGUAAUCUGUUGCGGUUGUGGCUGGAUCUAGGGAAGCAACGCCAAGCGGAGAUCGCGGGCCGAGUGGGCGCCACCGAGUGGGAGAUUCGGGCCGAUCUGGAGACGAUCGGCGGAGGCGGACUUGGAUACCUGUGA